AUGUCCAAGCGAAGGUCUCAGAUGGGGUUUUCAGAGAACCCGGGUCCUCAGAAGCAUAAGAAGGCCAACUUGACAACUGAAAAACAGAAGCCAGUGUGUCGCCGCCGCUACCGCUACAGCGAAACGGGGUGCGAAACAAGCUAUGCGCGCUAUUUCCCCCAUUUGCUGAAGAAAAGUACCCAUGAGCUCGAACUAUCCAAGAGAGUAGUUUGCCUCUUGGAUUCAUUUGUAAAUGACAUGUUUGAGCGCAUUGCCAGUGAGGCCAGCCGUCUGAUCCAGAAGACCAACCGGUCGUCCAUCACCUCCAGAGAUAUCCAGACGGCUGUUUGCCUCUUGCUGCCUGAGAAACUCGGCAAGGAAGCCAUGAUGCAGGCCACCAAAGCCUUGCUUCGGUAUUUUGAGAACGAAUAA